AGUAAUUUCAUUUGUCAAACGCAACAGUCAAGCAGUCAUGGUACAAAAGUUGAUCAUUCUCAGCGCUUUGGUGGCCGCCGCUAGCGCCGUCGCUGUCCUGCCAGGGCCCGGUUACCCCGGUCUGGGGUUGCCCGCCUUGCCCGCAUUGCCUGCACUGCCAGCUUUGACGAAGAUCGCUGCGCCGGUGCUGCCCGCCUACACCAAGUACGCCGCGCCACUUGCCAUCGCCAAGGUGGCCGCUCCCGAGCCAUACGACCCCAAUCCACAAUAUAGCUUCAGCUAUGACGUACAUGAUGGUUCGACCGGUGAUGUGAAGAGCCAACAGGAACAACGCAGUGGUGAUGUGGUGCAGGGCGCUUACUCGCUCAUCGAACCCGAUGGUACACGUCGCAUUGUCGAAUACGUCGCUGAUCCAGUGCACGGCUUUAACGCUGUCGUUCGCCGUGAACCAAUCGCUGUUAAGGCGGUCGCCCCAGUUGCCAAGAUUCUAGCUCCAGCUCCUCUGUUGUCCGCACCAGUCCUAGCGAAGGCCAUUCCAGCCAUCUCAGCUCUGCCAGGCUUGCCAGCUUUGUCCGCUUUACCAGGGCUUGGUCACGCACCACUUGCUGCAUCCAUCUACCACGGUUAGACGUGAUCUGCAUGUUGCAUGGAAAACCUCUUCAAUAAACAAGAACAACAAAUAUACUACACUUAGUCAAUUCACAUAUGAGAAAAUGUGAAGCAUUGCCGUUGCCGACCUCUUGCCGCUGCCAUCACCCCAUUAUUGAAUGAAUGACAACAACAACAUUACAACAUUACUAGCCCUCUGCAAGCCAACAAAACCACCAAACAAACAGACAAACCGUCCAACAAAACAAAAGCAAUUGCAUUUGCUCCGCCUAGCGGUAGAGUAUGCUGCAAAGUGUGUCCGGGUUUGAAGUGUUCUCGCACGGCAGCAGACGGAAUUCUACUGUACACGAAUUAAUAAAUACCGUAGUAGUAGUAGUGGUGGUAGUCGUAGUUAAUACAUCUACUUUCAAUCACAUACAUACGCACUUCGAAUUCGCACUUCAGUUGUUCUCCGCUCUUUGCUGCACUGUUGAAGUCUCCCAGCCGAAGGACGUUGACAAUGAGACACUUUGCUUUAUGCUUAUUAUGUUAAUCUCGUUGGCUUGUUAUUAUAUCUCUAUAAAUAUUUAUACAUGUUAAAAUAUCUCAAUAUUUCAUACAUAUGUACAUUCACGCGCUUUACCAUUUUCUUUAUACUUAAAUACUAUCUUCGUUAUUCGUUACAAUUCUCGUUUUUUAUUAGUUAUUUUAAGGCUGUUUGACCGCGAUAAAUACCUACAUUACUAUUAUUGUAUGUUAAUACUCAUAUGUAAACCGAAUAAAGUGUAUCAAAGUAUGCAAUUUCAAAAAAAA